AUGGAGCUCAGGGAGCCCGAGAACCACGAGGAUGGGGACCCAGAGGAGGACACAGCCACAGCCCUCCAACGGCUCGUGGAGCUGACAGCCACCAGGGUGACCCCAGUGAGGAAUCUGCGUGUCCAGUAUCGCCUCAUCCGAAAGCUCGGCUCUGGCUCUUAUGGCCGCGUGCUCCUUGCCCGGCCUCGCCAAGGGGGUCCUGCUGUGGCUCUGAAGCUCCUACCUCGGGACUCAGUCCUGAGAACCACCUUCCUGAGAGAGUUCUGUGUGGGCCGCUGCGUCUCAUCACAUCCAGGCCUGCUCCAGACCCUGGCGGGACCCCUGCAGACCCCCCGACACUUUGUCUUUGCCCAGGAGUAUGCACCGUUUGGGGAUCUCAGCGGGAUGCUGCAGGAACGGGGCCUCCCAGAGCUGCUGGUGAAGCGGGUGAUGGCCCAGCUGGCCGGAGCCCUGGACUUCCUCCACGGCCGAGGGCUGGUCCACGCAGACGUCAAGCCAGACAACGUGCUGGUCUUUGACCCUGUCUGCAGCCGUGUGGCCCUCGGUGACCUGGGUCUGACCCGGCCCGAGGGCAGUCCGACCCCUGCCCCCCCGGGGCCACUGCCCUCUGCUCCACCGGAGCUCUGCCUCCUGCUGCCACCCGAUACACUGCCCCUGCGACCAGCAGUGGACUCCUGGGGCCUGGGGGUGCUUCUCUUCUGUGCUGCCACGGCCUGCUUCCCUUGGGAAGUGGCACUGGCCCCUGACCCCAAGUUCGAGGCCUUUGCUGGCUGGAUGACCACCAGGCCCCAGCCACCUCAACCACCACCCCCUUGGGACCAGUUUGCGCCCCCAGCUCUGGCAUUGCUCCAGGGGCUUCUGGAUCUGGAUCCUGAGACUAGGAGCCCCCCACUGGCUGUCCUGGACUUCCUGGGGGACGACUGGGGGUUGGAGAGGAACAAAGAGGGACCUGGGGGCUUGGGGAGUAUGUCCAGUGAGGAUGGGGAGGAGGAGGAGGAGGGGGCAGCAAGCCUGGAGGAGUGGACAGAGGAGGAGGAGGAGGAGGAUGACAAAGGUGGCAGGAGGAUGGGGACAGAUGGGGGAGCUCCCUGA